CGAAAGUUCAAUUCACAUGCCAUUAGAGACACUUUUACUUACUAUUAUGUUUGAAUCAAAAUUCAUCAUUCAUAAUGGAUGACUGGCAAACUUGUCCGAGAUGCAAGACAACGAAGUACAGAAAUCCAAAGCUUACGCUUUGGGUGAAUGUGUGCGGCCACAAAUUGUGCGAAGGCUGUAAAGAGACACUUUUCACGAGGCCUUCGGCAGCAUGCCCUGAAUGUAACACACCACUGCGACUUAGUGACUUCAGACUUCAACAGUUUGAAGAUCUUAUUGUGGAGAAAGAGGUGGACAUCAGGAGGAAGAUUAUAAAGAUGGUAGAGAAGAAGCUCUGGUUAUGUCUCAACUUGAAGAACAACUCAAACAGGAAGAGCUUAGACGGGCACAGGUUGCUAUGUUGGAAAAACAGGAGAGAAAUGACAAGAAAAAAGAAAAUGAGGAAUUUCUUGACAAACUGGUCAAAGGUGAUCGUUCACUAGAUGACAUUAUAGCUGAACACGCAAAUAAACUGCAGAAGAAGUCUUUGCUGUUUUCAGCCCAAAACACCCAAUUGACUUCCUUACAAAAAGAAACAUUUGUUCCAUUCCCAUUGGCUGAAGGACCAAAGUUUCAAUAUGUUGCUCCACAAGUAACAACGGAUGGACCAGCUGCUCCACAAAUGGAAGUAUUAGCUGCAAGAGG